CCUCAGCCAGGUUGGACUCUCUCUCUCUACACCGGAGGUUAUCAUCCUGGAGCUUCUUCCUUUUGCGUCGCCUCAAUGAACCGGCACCGCCUCUCGACCGUCGGGCUUCCCUCAGAUCUCCCUACCUUCUGGCAGUCCGCUACGGACGUCCCUCUCUCUUUGCGGAUCCGACAGCUGGACGUGCCGAUCCUCGACGUGGGCAAGUGGGCAGGGUGGUGGAAUGCAUACGUCGCACUUAGCUUCCGUCUCCUCGAGGUGAUGUUCCAUUGGGUGGAGCCGACCGACAAAGACGAGGAGGACGAGAUUCUUGACGACAAGGUGGAGUUGUUGAUCGUCCAAGCUUGGAGAAUGGACACGGAGGGAGAACUGUUGGGGCUUCUAUUCGGGAAGCUCAGGGACGGCCAUCUGGAGCCAAUCACGAACGAGGUCCUGGUGUUCCUGGCGCAGCUCCUGGACGUUCUGCUCUUGGAUAUCAUUUCGUGUUGCGACGAGCGGCCCGCGGUAGCGACGUUUACCCGUACAUUGGUACCGCAUUUACUGUGGUCCACGUGUACGGAGCUUGACGGUGACAAUUGCUACUACCCCUCCUCAGGCCACAACCUGGCCAUCGACGUGACCGACCUCACCUUGUGGGAUCCGAUCGUCCGAAGAGUGGAGGUGGAAGGGGUAGCUAACGAUGCAGAGGAAGAAAGAGAAGAGGAAAGCGAAGAAGAAGACGAAGACGAAGACUCGGAGGCGGAAACCAACGAUCCCGAUUACCACGAGUCAGAGGAGAGUCAGUUGGGAGGGAGUGGGCCGGAUGAAUCAAAUAGCCCCGACGAGCCGAGCAAGGAAAAGGACGAGGUGGCAGCCCAGAGGAGGCGAGAGAGGGCGGAAGGAAAGCGGUCAGUGAAAGGAAUCGGACAGGCUAGCAAUGCAGCUGUCACAAGGUGAUCCCACGUGCAAUCUAGAGCCG